AGGGCUAUAGAGAGACUGGGAGAGAGACUAGAGAUGACUCGACAAUCAGAAAGGUUUUCUGUAGAUUUUGUGAUGGCAGGGGCAACAGCAAUAAUAUCGAAGAGUGCAGCUGCGCCGAUUGAGAGAGUGAAGCUUUUGUUGCAGAAUCAGGGAGAGUUGUUGAAGAGAGGGCAUCUAAUGAGGCCUUAUACCGGGGUUGGUGAUUGCUUUAGAAGGGUUUUGAGAGAGGAGGGUCUAUUUUCCUUUUGGAGGGGUAACCAGGCCAAUGUCAUACGAUAUUUCCCAACCCAGCAUCUUUGCCGGAAUGCAAGCAAUGGUGGUGAUGGAAUUCUUGAAAUGGCUUUCAACUUUGCAUUCAAAGGGUACUUCAAGAGCCUAUUUGGAUGUUCAAAAGAGCGAGAUGGCUAUAUAAAGUGGUUUGCUGGAAAUGUUGCUUCAGGGAGUGCUGCUGGAGCAACCACUUCAUUGUUUUUGUAUCACUUAGAUUAUGCACGGACCCGCCUUGGCACCGAUGCAAGGGAGUGCCCAAUUAGUGGUAAACGGCAAUUUAAUGGCCUACUGGAUGUAUAUCGUAGGACCUAUUCAAGUGACGGAAUCGUAGGCCUGUAUCGGGGAUUUGGGGUUUCGAUCAUGGGAAUUACUCUUUACCGAGGCAUGUACUUUGGGAUCUAUGACACCAUGAAACCUAUUGUUUUAGUUGGUCGUUUUCAGGACAGUUUCUUUGCUAGUUUCUUCUUGGGUUGGAGUGUGACAACAGUUUCUGGGGUCUGCGCCUAUCCCUUUGACACAUUGCGACGUAGAAUGAUGCUAACCUCUGGACAACCGUUGAAGUAUCAUAAUGCCAGGCAUGCAUUCCGUGAAAUAAUUUGCCUUGAAGGUUUUAGCGCACUGUUUCGAGGAGUUACUGCAAACAUACUUCUUGGUGUGGCAGGGGCUGGAGUACUUGCAGGAUAUGAUCAACUUCACCGAGUUGCAUAUAGAGUUGGUCAUACUUUUUGAGUCUGAAGGAGCUUGGAAAUAAAAUUCCUGCAACAAGUUUCUGCACACUGGUAUAUAGCUUGAAAGUCGGUACAUAACCCACAAAUAUUCAAUUAUUUUUAGAAGGCAAAGAGAGGUAUGACAAAAUAGUUCUCCAUAAUUUUUCUGUAAAAUAAGAAUGAGCCAGAGAAUAGGGAAUGAUGAUCCAUCGUGACAGCUACCUGCUUCCCUCCAAAAACUCCGAAGUUUAGCUAUCCAAGGAUAUACUUUUGAUAUUAAACUGCAUACUAUGUACUUGUUCUUAUGAGCUAAAAGGCCAGAGAGGUAUAAUUGACAAUACUUCCACUUGAAGACUGCACUCACAAGGAGACCCUUGUCACAGAAGUGAUGAGUCCAGUGUGUUGUAUGUGGUGCCCUUUGGGUUUUCUGUGUACCAAAAACAGCACAGAAACGGAAGAGGAAAAUGACUCCCAAAAUGAA